AUGGACUUGGAUAUCGAUAUGGACGAUGCGGCCGCCGAUGCCUUUCAAGACGGCAGCGAUAACCACGAGAUCCUCCCGCAAGGCGACGACAUCCUGGUGCCGGACGAGCCCGAAGAGCCGGGCGAGGUAGCAGACGAUGGGCAGCAAAACGAAGACGACGCGUCCACCACCAUUGUCCCUACAAAGAUCCACAUAAAAGGCCUCGACAGCCUACACACGGACGACAUCAAAUCAUAUGUAAAGAGUCACUACGGGACCGUUGACAGGGUGGAAUGGAUCGACGACAGCUCUGCCAAUCUCGUCUUCAGCUCCGAGCCCACGGCCCGCGACGCCUUUGUGGCCCUCAGUGCUAUCGACAUUGCAGAUGCCACGGCUCUGGGCAUUGGAGAAACGGUUCCCGCCAAAGCCUUGGAGGGCCGAUCAGAAAUCUCCCUACAGCUUCGCUUUGCUACUCUAGCCGAUAGGAAGCAGGCUGGCGCCGCGCUUCGCAGCAGAUAUUACCUCCUACACCCGGAGCACGACCCCGAAGAAAGGCGGCGCCGACAGCAGGAGAACCGGACACGAUAUCGCGACCGUGACCGCGACCGUGAACGUGACCGCGACCAUCGUGGUAACGGAGGCAGGCGGAGACGAUACUCGGACGAACAGGUGGAAACGUUCGAGGCAAGCAUGUACGAUGAUGCGCCGCAGCCCUCCAGAGACAGCAGGUCGCCCGAGCGAUCAGGACCGUACGCGCGAGGGAACAACCGCGGCAAGGAGCUGUUUGGCGAUCGCCCAGCACGACGAUCAAGCGCCAGGAGAGGGAGGUCCGCAUCGCCGCGCCGUGACGAUGACGGAGACGCACCCAUGGAUCUUUUUGCCAGCUCGUCUGGUAACAGGACGCAGGCCCGCUCCAUCAAGAGCCGCCUCGCAAGCGAGACAAAGUCGAAAGAGCUCUUCCCUACCAAGUCGACCAACAGAGGCGGGCAGUUGGACCAGCUCGAAAAGGCCAUUGGCUCAGCACGGUUGAAAGAGGAGGACAUGCCCAAGAUUGUGGCUAGGCCAGACGCACCGGCCGGCGAGAUGUUGAAUAUUCGAGGCGUCGCGAAUCAACGCGCUCAGGGCAAAGACGGCGGCUUCUCUAUUAAGGGAGCUGCCGCCAAUGCCCGGGAGUUGUUCCCCGAUAGGUUCGGUUCAGGCAAUGCCGGUAAGGAGCUGCUUGACAUGAAUCGGACAAAACGGAGACAGAGGGCGGAGGACUUGUUUUCAUGA